AGUUGCACUUUUUUUUUCAUAAAUAUUUGACUACAAUCUCCAUCUUCUGCUUUGUACUAUGAAAUUCAUUAGGUUAAACAUAUAUUUAAUCAACUGCAAUUUAGAUUAGUAUUUACCAUCAAAUAUGUUGUAUGUGUUAUUUUGGAAAGACAAGCAUUCACAUAUUAUAUAUAUAUAUAUAUAUAUACGACAUUUGACGGUAUUUGACAGACAAUCCUCUUAUAAAGUUUUCUCUAAGAAGAAAUAUGACGACAUUUGACUAUAUUUGCAAUAUAUCGAGUAACAAGAUGAGUUGGAAUUUGAAGGUAUGGAUAGUGAGAUUGUGGCACGUUCCAGACCGCGAUAAACCAGACAACACCGUCUCCCUUGAAUUAAUUAUUCAAGACGAAAAGGGCGAUCGUAUUCAUGCGACUGUUGGUCGGUCUCUUAUACGUAUGUUCAAACAAAAGAUAAAAGAAUUGAGUUUGUACUUUAUGAAGAACUUUGUGGUUGGACCAAAUUAUACGAAACUUAAAUACAUGCGGCAUAAAUUAAAGUUGGCAUUUACUCAUAAGAUGAUUGUAGAGGAAGCAAAUGAUCAUCUUUUUGGUAUGAGUAUCUUCGACUUAAAACCUUAUGAGUACUUGAUAAACAAAAUUGAUGUUGAAGAAAGUGAACUCUUUGAUGUCAUUGGAGAGGUUGUAAGUUAUGGUGAAGUAGAAUCACACAACCAAGGUGAUAAGAUCAUCACUUAUAUGAAUGUGGAACUUGAAGAUCAUGAGAGGAAUAAUAUCUCGGCAACAUUUUGGGGAGAAUUCGUUGACCAAAUCUUGCCACAUUUAGAGGGAUUAUCCCAUGAGCCGGUCAUAGUUGUUAUGCAGUAGAUAAAAGAUCACAAAUUUCAAGAUUGGCAAGUGUGAAUGAAGCUAACUCUUCCAAGAUCAGUCAAAUACCUUUUCAACGUAGUUAUUCUGUUUCUGAUGAGAUAGCUACUGGAACUGUAGAAGUUAAAACUAUUAGAGAAUUGGUCGACUGCAUGGAGGAAGGACACAUUUGGAUUGUUGCGACUAUAGUGAAUCUUCUACUUGAAAAAGAAUGGUCAUAUUUGGGGUGCAAGAGAUGCUCAAAGAAAGUUGACAAAAUUGGAAGUAAAUUUCACUGCAACAAAUGUGAUCGCCUUGAUAGUUCUGCCACUCAUAGGUUUGAUAAGCUUCACUAUUUACUGUGAAAUAGAACUAAAGUUGAAAGUUACAAAAAUAAGGCACAAACAGGCGAAUUUGUCCUGGAAGCUGAGGAACUGCUGAAACUGUGUGAAACCCUCACAAGGGUUUAUGUACAAAGAACGGGGAAACCCUUAUGGGUUGUAUCCGAAGAUAUGGAAAGAGAUAUUUUUAUGUCAGCAACAGAAGCCCAAGCUUAUGGAAUUGUUGAUCUUGUAGCGGUUGAAUGAAAAUAACAUGGAUUUCGCGCAAAUCUGUGAUUUGAGAUUUUAUCUUCGAAUUGAAUAUUCUAUUAAAUAGAAGUAAUUCAUCAUCAUUCGGUUAGGAUCAAUCUAAACCAACCCAUCAUAUUA